AUGUCCUCAGCUGGGCAUGCAUUCGAGUCGCCGCAAGGGUCGGCCGAGCGAGAACCGGAGCGACGGAGGGAAGGAAGGAAGCAGCUCAGGAGAAUCAGCGGCAGACAGGAUCCAGACGCAGUGACCUACAUCAGCCUGGGAAGAGAGAGGGAUUCUGAGGAGAGGAGAGAUGGGGAAAGGGAUGGGGAGGGGGCAGUUGAGGAUACAUGGAAGCCAAAUGUUAUUCAAUGGUGUGGAGUGGUGCACACGGGGGGGGGGGGGGGGGGGGGGGGGGGAGAGAUGUAA